CAGGUCUUCUUUUUGUACCGCGGUUUGAAUAAAUGCUCGUUUUGGGGGAAGCCCUGCGCAAACCCUCUGCGCGAACCAGUUUGCCCAGUCUUCCGCGGCCCGUGGCCUCAGGACGCCCGGAGAAGUUCCCGCAGGACAACGAUCCCCAGUACUACAACGGGCUGACCAUCAACAGGACAUGCUUUAAGGACGAGGAGAACCACAAGCGCUCUGAAGGAGCUUGCGUCUUCUUCGUCGGGGACUGGGGUGGUCUGAACUGGGGCAUUGGUCCUGUGCCAGCUGACCACACCAAGACUCACGACCCAUACAAGCGUCGUAACUACAAUUGGGCUGUCGACCACAACGCGCAAUGGCGAGUGGCUGCAGCUUUCAACCAGCGUGGAAAGUGGAGGAAUCCUGACUAUAUCAUCAACGUCGGGGACAACUUCUACUGGGGCGGCGUCGAUUGCCACUGCGGCAACAUGCAGUGGCGUUGCAAGACCAACCAGUGGAAGACGAUCUACGAGGAUAUGUGGAAGGGGCCAGGGAUCGACGGCAAGAUGUGGCUGGGUACCUUGGGCAACCAUGACUGGGGCGGCUGGCAGUUCAACAAGGGCUGGGACCAGAUGAUCGCUUACAGCUGGGGGGGCCUCCCGGAGUCCACGGGCCGCUGGCUGCAGCCGGCCAUCUUUUGGGCCGCGCCGGUGAAUUACCCUGGCUUCAACGUGGACUGGUUCUUUGUGGACACGAACAUCCACGAUGUCAGGGAAAGCCCUUGGUGGGACCCGGAGCACAACAUCUGCUCCGCGAAGCACAGCGGAACAGAUGGCGGUGCUGGCUGCGGCCACUCGGGGCCCUACAACGUUUUCGACUGCGCCAAAUGGUUUGGCCACCUUUGGGACCACCAGCAAGCUUGGCUGGACACGAAGCUGAAGGAGUCCGUGGCAAACCAAGUGGACUGGCAGUUCGUGGUGACCCACUUCCCUCCCUGGUGGGGGGAGGCCCAUUGGAAGUGGAUGGCCUGGCAGUACGGCAUCGACAUGUUCGUCACCGGGCAUGUGCAUCGACAGGACUGCUUGGAGCAGUGGGACUGGAAGAAUCAGUUCAAGCCAACAGUUGUCAUCAUCACUGGUGGCGGCGGCGGCAUCACCUCGGAGUAUUGGCCCGAUGAGCACGGCAACGACGACCAGUACGGCUUCAUUGACGCCACCCUCAAGAAGGACACCGUGAAGGUUGAGCUGAUCUCCCACGGCGGGCAGACACGGAGAAGCCAUACCUUCAGCAAGCGGCAGCCGCAGUAUAAGGCGGCAAAGUACAACGAGCCCUUCCAGCUGCCACCACAGGAGGCGCAUCGCCAUUUGGAGUCGCACAAGACGAAGACAGAUGACAAGGAUGACAAGGAUGACAAGGAUGACAAGGAUGACAAGGAUGACAAGGAAGACAAGGAGGCGUCCACGGAUGACCUCGACGUCUUUGCCUUGCCGGAGACGCCCGGGCAGCUGUACAUCGCCGCCCAGACAGCCACCGUGGAGUGGAAGAUCCAGGACUUCCCCCGGCGCGCGCGGAGCGGCGGGUGCCUGGACGGUCCAAAGUUUGGGCCCCGCGGCCUGUGGCAGAUCUUCUGCCACCCAGACGGCCGCUGCUUCAACCUGCCGCAGGGCGGGCCCCCUGGGGUGUUCCUGCGUUACCUUGGGCCGCAUGAACGGGUGCCGGCGUACGCCACUAUCGAGAAGCUUGUGGGUGGAGUGUACCGCGUCCCGGAGAACAACACUCGUGAAUCACCCUUUGUGGUCAUCUUUGGCCGCUGUGAGAUUGAGGAGUGGGGUGUGUGCAAAGAUUUCGGCCUCUUCGACGAGGAGUUUGCAGCAGAUUUAGUGGAGGAGGCUCUGAUGCUCCGUGCUCGUAUCACCUGGAUCGAGCCGCGGCCGGACAGCCUGCUGCCGCGGGAGGUGGUGAACGUGCGGCGCUUGCGAUGCGGCUGUGACAACAUCACAACGGACUUUGCUGCCCUUUGGCUGGCUCGGCAUAGCAGCACAGGAGGAGCUGUUGCUGACUCCACUGGCCCUUCAGCACGGCCGCUUCCGCCCGGGGAUGUGGUCCUCCUGGCCGAAGGUCAGCGCUUCGAAGCGGACCGCGUGGUCCUCGCAGCGCGCAGCAGCUUCUUCGCUGGGAUGCUCUCCUUCCGCGAGGGCACCCAGCGGGAGGUGGAGCUGCCGGUGCCCUCGCGGUCUUUGCAAGCCAUCCUCCGCUUCGCCUACACCGACGAGAGCCCCGAGCUGCGGAGCUACGAGGAGGCGGUGGAGCUUCUGGAGGCCUCCUCUCAGCUCUGCUUCCCCACUUUGGUGCAGCUCUGCGGGGACCACCUCCGCGACACCUGGCUGUCGCUGGAGAACGUGGUGCAUUUGUUGCGCGUCGCUGACCAACACGGAGCCUCAUCGCUGAGGGCCGAGGCGCUGGCCACGCUGGGCGCCCACUUCGAGGUGGUCAAGGCCACCUCCCACUGGGAGGAGCUGCUGCAGAACGGCAUGAACCCCAUGCUCAUCCAGGACAUGCUGCAGGCCGUGCAGGCUGCAGCCAUCUCUGCUGGCCGGGCCAGCCUGAAGAUGUGA